AUGGAUACAGCUGGUCGGAUUGUUGAUGCUUGGCAUACAAGUCCCUUUAAUACCGGUGAAGAAGGCUGGGAGGCCCAUUUCAAAGCUCCUUCGCAUGAGACAAGAUUUGUAAAAAUCCAUGGGAGGUUUUGCAAAGGCCCAUUUCGCAUUGGUGUUAAUGGGGAGAUGAGAUCUUUUGCUACUGAUGAUGGGAUCUUUGGAGAGUGA